AUGGUGAAUUUUACCUAUGACUCCACUACUAACAUGGCUACUGCCUUUGUGCUCACCAUACUCGUACGCGUGGCUGGGGCAGCUGGUAAAUCGCGCAGAGACGUCUGGCGUGCAGCUAAGCCGGCCAGCCAAAAGUUGUUUGCAUUUGAAUGGGAAAAUCCUAAAACUGGUCGAAAGACCCAGCUCACCUGGACGGUGUUGCCACAAGGGUUCAAGAAUAGCCCUACUCUUUUUGGCAACCAGCUUGCAAAGGACUUGGAAUCCUGGGAAGCCCCAUCCGAAAAAGGAAAACUAUUGCAGUACGUGGACGACAUUUUGAUCGCUACUGAGACAGAAGAGGACUGUGUAACGUGGACGGUGAGCUUGUUAAAUUUUUUAGGACUACGGGGGUAUCGGGUCUCUAAGAAGAAAGCCCAGGUGAUACAACGCAAAGUAAACUACCUGGGCUAUGAGAUCACUGAGGGGCAAAGAACUUUGGGACAGUCCUGUAAGGAGGCCAUAUGUCAAACCCCGAAACCUCAGACAUUAAAAGAAUUAAGUACCUUCUUGGGAAUGACGGGGUGGUGCAGGCUAUGGAUCUAUAAUUAUGGACUGCUUGUUAAGCCCCUGUAUGCGCUAACGAACACCGAACAGACGCACCUCGAAUGGGAUGAGGAGGCUGAGCGAGCCUUCGUUUCACUGAAGAAGGCUUUGAUGUCGGCCCCAGCUCUUGGACUCCCAGAUGUGAGUAAACCGUUUCUUCUCUUUUCUUAUGAGAAGCAGGGCACUGCCCUGGGAAUACUGGCACAAGACCUAGGUCCAUACCGAUGAGCUGUCGCCUACCUCUCUAAACUACUAGAUGCGACUGCAAAAGGGUGGCCUGGGUGUCUGCGAGCAGUGGCUGCCCUGAUACUGAACAUACAGGAAGCUCGGAAGUUCACUCUGGGCCAGAAAAUGACUGUCUAUGUGUCACAUACAGUAUUGGCAGUCCUGGAAGCAAAGGGAGGGCAUUGGCUUUCCCCACAAAGAUUUCUGAGAUACCAAGCUGCACUAGUAGAACAAGAUGAUGUACAGAUAAUAGUCACUAAUAUUGUCAACCCAGCUUCUUUCCUCAGCGGUAACAUGGGGGAACCAGUGCACCAUGACUGUUUGGAAACAAUUGAGGUGACAUACUCAAGUCGCCCUGACCCGAAGGAAAGCCCCAUGAAGGAUAAGGAGAGCUGGUUCACGGACGGAAGCAGUUACGUCCUGAAUGGUAAUCGACACGCGGGGUAUGCCGUUACCACCAGUCAAAAGGUAAUAGAAUCAGGACCUCUGCCUGCAAAUACUUCUGCACAAAAGGCAGAAAUAAUUGCUUUAACCCGAGCUCUGGAACUGGCCAAGGGUAAGAUCAUAAACAUAUACACGGACUCCAAAUACGCUUUCGGAGUUGUACAUGCACAUGGAGCAAUCUGGAAAGAAAGAGGACUAUUGAACUCCCAAGGGAAAAACAUCAAACAUGCGGAGGAAAUUUUUAAACUAUUAGAAGCUGUUCAACUUCCUGAGAAGGUGGUGUUUAUGCAUAUUAAAGCACACCAAAAGGUGAACUCUGAAUUGGAAAAAGGAAACGAGCUGGCGGAUAGGGAGGCAAAACGGGCUGCCAAAAUAGAGAUAAAGACGGAAGGAGCACUUAUUCCCGAUAGGCAAAUUUCCUUGGAAAGUAAACCAGAAUAUACCAGGGAGGAUCAGAAACUUAUUGCAGAUCUGGAAGGGACAUAUAACAAGGAAGGGUGGGCUUAUACCCCACAGGGGAAGUUAAUUAUCCCCUCUCGUUUACUAUGGCAUUUCACACAAGAGGAGCAUAGAAAGAGACACUGGGGAGCAGAAGCUUUGUAUAGUCAUUUGAUAAAAGAGAUUGUAGCCAGAAAUUUGUAUACCACGGUAAGGCAGGUGACUCGACAAUGCGACAUCUGCCUCCGGACUAAUCCCAAAAACGCCCCCAAACUAGAAAUGGGUCAGAUUGGGAAGGGCAACAGGCCUGGGCAACAAUGGCAAGUAGAUUUUACAGAAUUACCAAGAAAAGGGGGGUAUCGAUAUUUGUUGGUACUGACUGAUACCUUUUCAGGCUGGCCAGAAGCAUUCCCUACUAGAACAGCUAAGGCUCGGGAAGUAACUAAAGUACUGAUACAAGAAAUAAUACCACGAUUUGGGGUUCCGGCAACCAUAUCCUCAGAUAGAGGACCACACUUUGUCUCAAAAGUAGUACAACAAAUUAGCCACCAUUUGGGUAUAGAUUGGCAGCUUCAUACCCCGUACCGCCCUCGGUCAAGUGGUCAAGUGGAAAAGAUGAACCACUUAAUCAAACAGCAAAUUGUAAAAUUGGGGCAAGAAGCAAACUUGACAUGGCCUCAGUCCUUGCCCUUGGCCCUUUUACGCAUAUGGACAAGGCCAAGGGAAAGGGAAGGGCUAAGCCCCUUUGAAAUUUUAUAUGGACAAACAUACGGGGUACAAAAAGGAAUAUCCACACAAAUUGGAGAUGUAAUUAUGAGCUCCUACAUGGUGGCGUUAGGGAAGCAACUCAAUAAGAUCAGAAAACAUGUAAUUGGUACUCGAGGUAGAGGGCUGGAUGGACCUGUACAUGAUAUACAACCUGGGGACUAUGUGUAUAUUAAGUCUCUUACAGAAAAAACCUUGGAACCACAGUGGGAAGGGCCAUUCCAGGUGCUGCUCACGACGUUCACAGCCAUCAAGAUUAAGGAAUACUCAGCCUGGAUACAUCACACCCGAGUAAAGAAAGCCCAUAAAUCCCCAUGGAAAGUUACCCAAGUUCAGCCAGGAAGAUUACGCUUCUCACGAUAA